GCACAAAACCUCAGAUUGAGUUGAAGUGAUUGAGGAAGAAGAAGAGUUCAAUUAUUAAAAACACUUUCAUCACUUCCAGCAACAAAAACAUCAAACUCUUCUUCUUUAUUAUUUCAGUUUUGAACAAAAAUGUUCAUCGAAAAGUUCAAGGUCGAGAGCCCUGACGUGAAGUACACAGACGAUGAGAUUCACUCUGUGUACAAGUAUGAAACCACUGAGCUUGUUCAUGAAAACAGAAAUGGAACCUAUCAGUGGAUUGUCAACCCCAAGACCGUGAAAUAUGAAUUCAAAACAGAUGUCCAUGUUCCCAAACUGGGGGUUAUGCUUGUGGGUUGGGGAGGAAACAACGGCUCUACCCUCACUGGUGGUGUCAUAGCAAAUCGAGAAGGAAUCUCUUGGGCCACUAAGGACAAGGUGCAACAAGCCAAUUAUUUUGGCUCACUAACACAAGCAUCAUCAAUCAGAGUUGGAUCUUUCAAUGGAGAAGAGAUUUAUGCUCCAUUCAAGAGCCUUCUUCCCAUGGUGAACCCAGAUGACAUUGUUUUUGGAGGAUGGGACAUCAGUGACAUGAACUUGGCUGAUGCCAUGGCAAGAGCCAAAGUUUUUGACAUUGAUUUGCAAAAGCAAUUGAGGCCCUACAUGGAAUCCAUGGUCCCUCUCCCUGGAAUCUACUUCCCUGAUUUCAUCGCUGCCAAUCAAGGGUCUAGAGCCAACAACGUGGUCAAGGGGACCAAGAAGGAACAAGUUCAACAGAUCAUCAAGGAUAUCAGAGAGUUUAAGGAGAAAAACAAGGUGGACAAAAUUGUUGUACUGUGGACUGCGAACACAGAAAGGUACAGUAAUGUGACUGUGGGGCUGAAUGAUACCAUGGAGAAUCUUUUGGCUUCAUUGGAGAAGAAUGAAGCUGAGAUUUCUCCUUCAACUUUGUAUGCUAUAGCUUGUGUACUUGAAAAUGUUCCUUUCAUCAAUGGAAGCCCCCAGAACACCUUUGUUCCAGGGCUCAUUGACUUGGCUAUUAGGAGGAACAGUUUGAUCGGUGGGGAUGAUUUCAAGAGUGGUCAGACUAAGAUGAAAUCUGUUUUGGUUGAUUUCCUUGUUGGUGCUGGCAUCAAGCCAACUUCAAUUGUGAGCUACAAUCACUUGGGGAACAAUGAUGGCAUGAAUCUCUCAGCCCCACAAACCUUCCGCUCCAAGGAAAUCUCCAAAUCCAAUGUUGUUGAUGACAUGGUUUCCAGUAAUGGCAUCCUCUAUGAGCCCAGCGAGCACCCUGACCACGUUGUGGUUAUUAAGUAUGUGCCAUAUGUUGGGGACAGCAAAAGAGCAAUGGAUGAGUACACAUCAGAGAUAUUCAUGGGUGGCAAGAGCACCAUUGUGCUUCACAACACUUGUGAAGACUCUCUUUUGGCUGCUCCCAUCAUUCUAGAUUUGGUCCUCCUUGCAGAACUCAGCACCAGGAUCCAGCUCAAAGCUGAAGGAGAGGGCAAGUUCCACUCUUUCCACCCCGUGGCUACCAUCCUCAGUUACCUCACCAAGGCCCCACUUGUUCCACCAGGGACGCCAGUGGUGAAUGCACUUUCCAAGCAGAGGGCUAUGCUGGAGAACAUCCUUAGGGCAUGCAUUGGGUUGGCUCCAGAGAACAACAUGAUUUUGGAAUACAAGUAAAUUGUUAUUCUGCAAGCAGAGAAAAGUGGGAAAAUGAAUGGAAUUUCCCUUUCCGUAAUUUUUUUUGUCACGAAUGUGUGGUUAUUAAGAGUCCUAUAUUUAUAUUUGUAUCUUUAGAACAGUCUUUUUUCUGUUUUUGUGUUGCCCAUUUGCCUUGUUGCUCAUCCUGGGGCAGGCAUCCAUCUCCCCAUCUCCCUGUGUUGUCAGUAGAAAAUUUAUCCAAUCAAGAUCAAAAUCCUUUUUAUAA